GCCGUCGCCGCCACCGCCCUCUCCCCGGGCCCGGCGCUCCCCCGCCCGGUGCGGGUCUGUGCCCGGGCCCGGGCUCGGCUCGGCUCGGCUCGACGCGGCGCUGCCCGCCGCAGGGACGAUGGGGCAGCCGCGGAGGCCGGCGAACGGCAGCGGCCCGGCGGCGCCAUGACCGGCGAGAAGAAGAAGAAGAAGCGGCUCAACCGCAGCGUGCUGCUGGCCAAGAAGAUCGUCAUCCGCGACGGGGCCGGCCGACAGGGCAUUGGAGAGCCCAGCGUGUACCACGCCGUGGUGGUGAUUUUCCUGGAGUUCUUUGCCUGGGGGCUGCUGACCACGCCAAUGCUAACGGUGUUACACCAGACUUUCCCUCAGCAUACAUUCUUGAUGAAUGGCCUGAUUCAUGGAGUCAAGGGCCUGCUUUCUUUUCUAAGUGCCCCACUGAUUGGUGCUCUCUCUGAUGUCUGGGGCAGGAAAUCCUUCCUCCUCCUCACUGUCUUCUUCACCUGUGCUCCAAUUCCCCUUAUGAAGAUCAGUCCAUGGUGGUAUUUUGCUGUCAUUUCCAUGUCUGGAGUCUUUGCUGUCACCUUCUCUGUGAUUUUUGCCUACGUUGCUGAUAUCACCCAGGAGCAUGAACGCAGCACGGCGUAUGGCUUGGUGUCAGCCACGUUCGCUGCCAGUCUGGUCACAAGCCCAGCCAUCGGGGCAUACCUCUCCCAGGCCUAUGGUGACACGUUGGUGGUUGUGCUGGCUUCAGGUGUGGCAUUGCUGGAUAUUGCCUUCAUCCUGCUGGCAGUGCCAGAGUCACUGCCGGAGGAGAUGCGCCCGGUCUCUUGGGGAGCUCCAAUCUCUUGGGAACAAGCAGAUCCCUUCGCUUCCUUGCGGAAAGUGGGUCAGGAUUCUACAGUGCUGCUCAUCUGUAUCACUGUCUUUCUCUCCUACCUUCCUGAAGCCGGCCAGUAUUCCAGCUUUUUCCUGUACCUGCGACAGGUCAUUGGGUUUUCCUCAGAGACAGUGGCAGCCUUCAUUGGGGUUGUUGGGAUUCUCUCCAUCCUGGCUCAGACAGUGGUGUUGGGAAUUCUCAUGCGUUCCAUAGGAAAUAAGAACACCAUCCUGUUGGGACUAGGCUUCCAGAUCCUCCAGCUUGCCUGGUACGGCUUCGGAUCGCAACCUUGGAUGAUGUGGGCUGCAGGAGCCGUGGCUGCCAUGUCCAGCAUCACCUUCCCAGCCAUCAGCGCCAUGGUGUCUCGGAACGCGGACCCUGACCAACAGGGUGUGGUGCAGGGGAUGAUCACUGGGAUUCGGGGUCUGUGUAAUGGCCUGGGGCCGGCGCUCUAUGGCUUCGUCUUCUAUCUCUUCCACGUGGAGCUGAAUGAAAUGGCUGAGGUGGAAACUCUGGGUAAGGCCUCCAAACCCAACAUGGCCAACCCUACGGAUGAGAGCAGCAUCAUCCCAGGGCCUCCCUUCCUGUUCGGGGCUUGUUCUGUCCUGCUGUCGCUCCUGGUGGCCUUGUUCAUUCCAGAACACAACCUUGCACUGAGAUCAGGCAGCCACAAGAAGCACAGUAACGGAGCCCAGACCCACACCCACAGCCCUCAAGCUGGUGGGUCGGAUGGCAAAGAGCCCCUGCUCGAGGACAGCAGCGUAUGAGGCCGGGAGGGAAGGACCUGGCUCACAUCUGGACCCCAGGCCAAGGAUGGACUCAGCCAGUGGGAGUUCAGGGAGAGAGAGACAGGAUGGGGAGGAGAGAAGAAGCGAGGUGAGACUGUGCCACUAACAGCUAAUGGGAAGGGAUGAGGUUUUCCCUUCAAGCCAAAUACACCCUCAGCUGGUGGAGAACUGGAGUUGUAUCGUCUGGUGCUGAUAGGAAGGGGAAAUACUGAACCACUCCGUGGGAAGGGAUAGUUCCUGAAGGCAAAGCAUGUACAUGAGCACUGAACUUGGAGGUGUGCCCUGCCAAAUCCUCAACUCGCCAAGCAAAACU